AUGGCCUCAGAUGGCGCCAUCAAGGCCAUUGACCCGAGCACGAUUCACCAGAUCCAGUCUGGUCAAGUCAUCGUUGACCUUUGCUCUGUAGCCAAGGAACUCGUAGAAAACGCCCUAGAUGCUGGAGCGACGACAGUCGAUGUCCGAUUCAAGAAUCAAGGUCUCGAUUCGAUCGAAGUCCAGGAUAAUGGCAGCGGAAUAUCGUCCAGCAAUUACGAGUCGAUCGCACUGAAACACUACACUUCCAAAUUAGCGACAUACGAUGAUCUUUCAAAUUUGCAAACCUUCGGCUUCCGAGGUGAGGCCUUGUCCUCCCUCUGCGCCUUGUCACACUUUACCAUCGUGACAUGCACCCAGAAAGAGGCGCCAAAGGCUACCAAACUCGAGUUCGAGACAUCUGGGAAGCUUAAGAGCACCACCGUUGUUUCGGGCCAGCGAGGUACAACCGUCUCAGUGGAGAACCUGUUCAAGAGUCUACCUGUCCGCCGCCGCGAGCUCGAAAGAAACAUCAAGCGAGAAUGGGGCAAAGUUGUCAACCUACUCAACCAGUAUGCCUGCAUUCAAACCGGCGUCAAAUUCACAGUGUCGCAACAGCCUACCAAGGGAAAGCGAAUGGUCUUGUUUUCAACAAAGGGAAAUCCCACCACCCGAGAAAACAUCAUCAACGUCUUUGGCGUAAAGACUAUGACUGCUCUGAUCGCCAUGGACCUCAGGCUGCAACUAAAACCCACCACUACUACUGGACUCCUGAACAAGGCGCCUGCUGCUCAGGACGAAGACACGACAACAGAAGUUCGCAUUUGUGGACACAUCUCCCGCCCAGCUCACGGUGAAGGUCGCCAGACGCCAGAUCGGCAAAUGUUUUAUGUCAAUGGAAGGCCUUGCGGUUUGCCUCAGUUCGCCAAGGUCUUCAAUGAGGUCUAUCGAUCCUAUAACUCGACUCAAUCGCCUUUUAUCUUUGCUGAUAUCCAGCUUGACACGCAUCUUUACGAUGUCAACGUCAGUCCAGACAAGCGCACUGUUUUGCUUCACGAUCAAGGGCAAAUGCUCGAUAAUCUGAGGGAGUCCUUGAUAGAGCUCUUUGAGCUACAGGAUGUCACUAUCCCCGUGUCACACAUUCAACCGCUUAAGAGCUCCACAUUCAGAGGGCCUUCAACAGCCCCUUCGGGAUCAUUGACCCAAGCUCGAAGGAGAGACAGUAGGGAUGCUUCAGAGGAACCGGACAGUCCUUUGCCUUCAGAUACACCUGGAAAUGGACCGGAAGGCGGCAGAACAACCAGGAGUACCAUCAAUGAGGACUCGGGUGAGCCCGUGAGCGAUGAUGAGGCGCCCAGUAUCCGGUCUACUGGCUCAAAAGCCCAGGCUGGGCCGGAGAGAUUCCUUGCUGAAAAGGGCCCGCAGUCUCCAGACAGGGCUAGUGGAGAUGGCCCGAAGGAUGCCAAGUCGGACGCCGAACAGGACAUUGCAGAAGACAACAAAGAUGCGGAGGACGGCUCAAGGACUGGCAAAGUGGUUGAUGAGAUGGAAAUGGACAGAGAUGAACCGCCAAUUUCAUCCAUUCCCCCACCGUCUCAGCCACCUAUUCCGAAGAGUAGCCUUUUAUCGAUAUCACGUCCACCGAAACGGUUAGCACAAGAGGAGGUGGCAACGAUCACUAUUGGUGAUCAUUCCAUCACCAGUGUGAUUGGCUCAUCCAAUAAAAGAUCCCGACUAUCAGAGCGCAUGGGGUCGGUCAGUCUUGAGAACUCGCCGAAGAAAGGGGCUAAGACUGUUCCCGUGCCUUCUUUCGGUGGCCGUUUGACUCAGCUGUUUGCUGCUUCAGCUGCUGCAUCUUCGGGGUCAUCAAAGGGCCUUGAAAUGACGACUGAGGAUGUAGAGAUGGCCGAUGAAGAAGAGGACGAAGAACACAGCCAAGUGGACAACGAAGAAGAAAAGGAUGAUGACUCUGAUGAGGAAGCACUUUUCGUGAGCCAAACAAAGGAUGUGGGCACAGUGGAAGAUGAUGCUGUUGACGAAGAAACUGAAAACUCAGCUGAUGAGGAGCGCGAUGGUCCCACAAGUGGCCAGAACACUCAACGCAGGGCGGAGGACGAAGAGGAUGGUGAAACUGAACCUACAGAAGAUGCGCCUUCUGAGUGUUGCCACCAUGGCGACGAUGACGAGGAAUACAUCGACGAGGAUGAGAAGAAGGCUCAAGAAGAGAAGAAGGUGCAAGAGAUGAUCAAGGCAGCUGAGACGAAGGCAAACGAGCCUACUGAAAAGGGCGAAAAGCGCUCCCAGAGCUUCGUGAAAGGGCGAUUCAAAAAGAAAGACUUGACGUUCAAUCUCAUUCAGCGUGUGAAGACCAGCGAAGACGACAUCCGGUCUAAUAUGGAAGCCUCGGCAAAGCAACAACAACAACAACAACAACAACAACAACAACAACAACAACAACAACAACAACAACAACAACAACAACAACAACAACAACAACAACAACAACAACAACAACAGCAGCAGCAGCAGCAGCAGCAACAGCAACAACAACCACAACCGCCACCCACCGCUAGGCACCGACCCAGCAGAUUGGAUCUUUCCAAGAACACAAACACCAACAACGGCGUUCCCGGUUCUGCGCGACCCCUCACUGCCCGUGACACUAGCGGACUCGGAAUCAAGGAAGUCGGUAUCGCUUGUCUAUCGCCCGGUUUUGUCACACACGAUCCGCUCAUGAAGGAGCAAGUACAUCGCAGUAUGAGUGUGAAGGAGCAGCAGAAGCGGAUCAUCGAAUCCAGGUUACAACAACAGUCGGCCGGCUUCAAGGCCCCUGAGAUUCCAGAUAGGGAUAAGGAUGGAGGUCACUUCGCGGCAAAGACACCAGGCCUAGCACGGAAGCGUGGCCCUCCGCCAGGAUUGAGCAUCGUCGCUCCCUCCCACGAGCAGUUCGCCAACGAAAGGGUUAUCCAGUCUGCGCCCCUUGGCCAGUCAUUCCCUGGAAGACAGAACCCUCACCCUUUGACCCGCCACCUCAUGAACCAUAGUUCGAACCUCGCCAGCACAUCGCACAUCCACCAUGUGCCUGCCAAGCAGACGAACAACAGACUGCCGCCGAUUUCCGAUGUAUUUGGCCAGGGCUUGUCUGGCCAUCCGGAUUCAAGCGGACAUGCCCUCUUUGCCAGCCAGAGUCACAGCCAUGGACCGCUAGCAUCACCUCACCACCCACCGCCGCCUCCACCGCCGCAACCUCAACACCCUACGUCUGCUAGGCCAAGGGAGUACAAGUCCGCCGAGGAAGCACAGCAAGACCUGGCGGCUGGCCGAACAGAACUACUGCCCAAGUAUGUACAUUAUAACAGCAGCAGCAGUCAACACCAACCUCCGACACCGCCAUCUCCCCCCAACGGUCCAGCGCAUCACCACGCACCACCACCGCCAACAUAUCUGCCUUCUACGCUCGCAUCAUCUCAAAGAGGCCCGCCCUCUCAUAUUAGUAAUCAUAUGACUGACGCCAGCCGAAGCGCCAGCAACAAUACUCCCGGCAAUAAUUACAGCAGCAGCAACAUGCACAGCAGCACACUUCCCUCGUCGUCUGCUCCUAAGAGGAGGACGCGGGCCGAGUACGAGGAAGGCGGGAGCCCCCCGCUCGGUAAUGGGAGGGCGUCACAGAGGAGGUCAGGGCCGUUUGGCGAAGGAAGAGAUAGCCCCGAGACACAAAGGGCGAAGAAGGAGGAGUUCAUCAGGCUUUGCGAAAGAGCUUGGGAUCUUUUCCACUCCUGA